GACGUCACUUCCGGCAACAAUAGGAAACGUCAAAACUCGGAGAGUCGGCCGCUUAGGCUGCUGCAGCCUGGGGCACGCUGAAUUCGGAGGGAUCAGGUGCUGUUUCUGGAAUUCUCCCCGACCUCACCUCCACCAGCGUGAACAAAUAAAGUUUGAACCGGCUUCUCCAUGGCCUGGGCACCCCUUCCCGGCUGAGCCAUUUUCUUUUUGGCUGAAAGCCCCCGCCCAGAGGCCGAUUCGUCGCGGCGGCGGUGGGGAAUCGCAGGUCGCUCAGGCUUGCAGAUGGGUCAGGGGCUGUGGAGAGUCGCCAGAAACCAGCAGCUACAGCAGGAAGGCUACAGUGAGCAAGGCUACCUCAGCAGAGAGCAGGGCAGGAGGAUGGCUGCCAGCAGCAUUUCUAACACCAGUCAUCGCAAACAAGUCCAAGGGGGCAUUGAUAUAUAUCAUCUUUUGAAGACAAGGAAAUCGAAAGAACAGGAAGGAUUCAUUAAUUUGGAAAUGUUGCCUCCCGAGCUAAGCUUUACCAUCUUGUCCUACCUGAAUGCAACUGACCUCUGCUUAGCUUCCUGUGUUUGGCAGGACCUGGCCAAUGAUGAACUUCUCUGGCAAGGGUUGUGUAAAUCCACUUGGGGUCACUGUUCCAUAUACAAUAAGAACCCACCUCUAGGAUUUUCUUUUAGAAAAUUGUACAUGCAGCUGGAUGAAGGCAGCCUCACCUUUAAUGCCAACCCAGAUGAGGGAGUGAACUACUUUAUGUCCAAGGGCAUCCUAGAUGAUUCACCAAAGGAAAUAGCAAAGUUUAUCUUCUGUACAAGAACACUAAAUUGGAAAAAACUCAGAAUCUAUCUUGAUGAAAGGAGAGAUGUCUUGGAUGACCUUGUAACACUGCAUAAUUUUAGAAAUCAGUUCUUGCCCAAUGCACUGAGAGAAUUUUUUCGUCACAUCCAUGCCCCUGAAGAGCGCGGAGAGUAUCUUGAAACACUUAUAACAAAGUUCUCACAUAGAUUCUGUGCUUGUAACCCUGAUUUAAUGAGGGAGCUUGGCCUUAGUCCUGAUGCUGUCUAUGUACUGUGCUACUCUUUGAUUCUACUUUCCAUUGACCUCACUAGCCCUCAUGUGAAGAAUAAAAUGUCAAAAAGAGAAUUUAUUCGAAAUACCCGCCGUGCUGCUCAGAACAUUAGUGAAGAUUUUGUGGGGCACCUUUAUGACAACAUCUACCUUAUUGGCCAUGUGGCUGCAUAAGAGCACAAUUGCUAGGACUUUAACUUUUAACUUCAAACUAAAACUACCCAAGGACUUAUUUAGAGGAUAUGGGGGUUACAUUAGUGCUGGUCAUUCUAGCCUCUGUAUACAAUCAAGCUUGAGUGUACAACCUUUUUUUCUUUUACUCUUUUCUUUUUUAGUAAUUUCCUUGGGGAACUAAAGAAUUUUGCAGAAUUUUUCUUAAUUUUGCUUAUCAUGUUUUGCACAAAGCAGAGCCAUUGUCUGACACAGCUGUUUAAGAAUGUUAAACUGACAUUAUACUCUAAAAAAGAUGGUAUAUUUGUGCAUUAGAUUUGCCUGAAAAACUUUAUUCAUUUCCAUUCUUUUUUAAAAUACCAUGUAAUGUGUACAUAUUUAACUAAAAAGAUUUAUAAUCAUAAUUAUUUUAUUGUAAAGAUUUUAACUAAAGCCUUUCCUUUUUCUCUCAAA